AUGCUCGUUGAUCUUGUCCUGAAAUUCCCCGAAGGACACCUUUCACUCGUUUGUGGUAAGCUGGGCAUUGGAAAGACCCUGUCAUUAUUGGCUAUACUCGGUGAGGCAGACAUCCUCACCAGCCAGGCCAUUUCACACUUAUCGCCAUGUUUAGACAAUACCUUGCUAGGUCUACCAUUCAACGAAGAGCGCUAUCAGAAGACCGACCUCAAGAUCCUUGAGGAUGGUGACCAGUCUGAAUCUGGCGAGUGUAGCGUGCACAAAAAGCUUGAUCAUACCUACUUCAAGUGCAUCAAAGGAGAGCUCGUGCACGAACGUACGGCGAUCCUUGUGUCACGCCGGGUCCAACUUUGCUUGACUGGUGCUUCAUAUGUUGUCGCUCUUGAUGACGGCCUUGUCACUGCUCUUCCCUCGCCAAUCAUCGCAAGGCAAGAUGGACCAACUUCAUCUCUAGCCUCUCACUUCGAAAUAGCUGUAAUGAGACCACGGUUGAUCUCAACAGCUUUUACAACUACACUUCGUGUUUCCUUUUAA